GGAGCAUGUGGUCCGGGCUUCGCCUCCCCUUUGGAUGCUAUGAAAGGUCCCCGGGAGGAGAUUGUGUAUGUGCCCUGUAUCUACCGGAACACCGAGAGGAAGAAACCAGACUUUCUAGCCACUGUGGAUGUCAAUCCUGAAUCCCUGAACUAUUGCCAGGUGAUCCACCGGCUGCCCAUGCCCAACGUGGGCGACGAGCUGCACCACUCAGGCUGGAACGCCUGCAGCAGCUGCUUCGGUGACAGCACCAAGGCACGCAACCGCCUGAUCCUGCCCAGCCUCAUCUCCUCCCGUAUCUACGUGGUGGACGUGGGAACUGACCUGCGAGCCCCCAGGCUUCACAAGGUCAUCAACCCCGAGGACGUCUUCUGGAAGUGCGACCUGGGCUAUCCGCACACCUCCCACUGCUUGGGCAGCGGGGAGAUCAUGAUCAGCACCCUGGGGGACCCAGCAGGCCAUGGAAAAGGUGGUUUUAUCCUGCUGGACGGAGAGACUUUUGAGAUCAAAGGGAAUUGGGAGAGAGGAGAUAAGACGCCACCGAUGGGUUAUGACUUCUGGUACCAGCCUCGCCAUAACGUGCUGAUAAGCACUGAAUGGGGAGUCCCCAGGUGCCUGGGCUACGGGUUUGACCCAAAUGAUCUGAAGAAAGAGCGCUACGGCCGCCGCCUCAACGUAUGGGACUGGAGUACCCACAACUACAUCCAGGCCAUCGAUGUCGGGGAGGACGCAGCGCCACUGGAAAUCCGCUUCCUCCACAACCCCAACGCAGCUGAGGGCUACGUGGGCUGCACCCUCAGCAGCGCCAUCCACCGCUUCUACAAGACCCAGCGAGGGGACUGGGCGGCAGAGAAGGUGAUCCAGGUACCCAGCAAGAAGGUGGAGGGCUGGAUUCUCCCGGAAAUGCCAGGCUUCAUCACUGACAUCCUCAUCUCACUGGACGACAAGUUUCUCUACUUCAGUAACUGGCUGCAUGGGGACAUCCGCCAGUACGAUAUCUCCAACACCCGCCAGCCACGGCUGGUGGGACAGGUCUUUGUGGGCGGCAGCAUCAGCAGAGGUGGCCCCGUGUCUGUGUGCGAAGACCAGGAGCUGCAGAGCCAGCCGGAGCCGUUCAUAAUCAAGGGCAAGAAGGUGCCAGGGGGACCACAGAUGAUCCAGCUCAGCUUGGAUGGCAAAAGGCUCUAUGUCACCACGUCCCUCUACAGCGCCUGGGACAAGCAGUUCUACCCCGAGCUUAUCAGGGAGGGCUCUGUCAUGCUGCAGCUCGAUGUGGACACGGAGCGGGGGGGGCUGGCUGUCAACAAGAGCUUUCUGGUGGAUUUUGGGCAGGAGCCCGAGGGUCCCUGUCUCGCACACGAGAUCCGCUAUCCUGGCGGAGACUGCACCUCCGACAUCUGGCUCUGA